AUGGAUCAUGGUGUUGUCAUGUACAGUCUGUUGAUUUGUAAGAAGAGUUUGCAGAAUGGGACAGGGAACGUCUCUAAAGGUCAGGAGCGUUUUUGUAAGGGUUACGGUAGCGGUGCAUUUUCAGCUACUGACACCUUAACAUUCGGAAAGCCGAUAACCCUCAAGGUCGUACCAAAAGAUGUACCGGCAACUCCUCCAUUUCUGUCCAUCUUGUCCCCUUUGAAGGGCGAUGGACAGGAUAUUUGUCUGGCCGCCGGGUUCUUUCCUGAAGAUAAGACUAUGACUUUGACUGUGGGAGUUAAUAAACCUGUGAGUCUUACCACCAGCGAAGCACCCUUGUUUAAAUCGACCAAAACCUAUUAUUAUGCUGGAUUCAAUGGUGAAAAAAUGCAAAAAUGCGAAAUGGAUGGACAAACAGCAAACAAAACUCUUGGCACUCCUGACACUCCUGACACGACAGAAAAACCCCAAAAACUGACUCCACAGUCUUGUCAAACAAGUCUUAGUACUGAUGCCUCAGAGUUCAUAAACACUGGUGAUCCAAAAAUGAACUCCAUGAAUCUUCUUGUGACAGGUCUGAGAAUUCUGCUUGCUAAAUGUGUCACAGUUAAUGCAUUGAUGACUGUGAAGGCAUUCAUAUUUUAAAAGUUUAAUUCAGCCACAUCAUCUGAAUAAUCAAAAAUUGUAACUGUAACUUAAUCAAAUAUCCAUGGCAAACAAACAAAUGCGAUUAUAGUCAGCCACAGGGUCACUAUUUAUAUAUUCUGUCUAAUAAUGUUACAUAGAAUGAAAAAUACAAAUUGUUAGUAAUGCAUUUCAAAUAUACAGAAUAUCGAUCAAACUUUUAUUGCAAACUUUUAGAAACAUUUCUGAAUUCAGUGGUAUAAUGUGCAGAUUGCUUUGCUAUGGUGUAUGUCUUUUCAGCUUUAUUUGCAGAC